GCUCCCAUUGGCUGCACACCCGGAAGUAAGGAACACUUGCUAACAACAACAACACGGAGGGGCUCUUUCUCUCUGAAACUGAAUCGUGGUUUUGUGUGUUUCUGUGUGUUUUAAUCAGCCAUGGCUCUCCCUCCCCAGCUGAGAGCCAUCCAGCACUACCUGCGGACCGCACAGGAGCACGAGAAGCGGGACCCGGUGGUCGCGUAUUACUGCCGACUGUACGCCAUGCAGACGGGCAUGAAACUGGACAGCAAAACACCCGAGUGCAGAAAGUUCCUCGUCAAACUCAUGGACCAGCUGGAGUCGAUGAAGAAGGAGCUGGGGGACAAUGACUCCAUCAGUCAGGAGGUGGUGGGAAACGCUCACAUCGAGAACUACGCCUUAAAGAUGUUCCUGUACGCCGACAACGAGGACAGACAGGGACGCUUCCACAAGAACAUGAUCAAGUCCUUCUACUCAUCCAGUCUGCUGCUGGACGUCCUGUGUGUGUUCGGGGAGCUGUCUGAGGAGAACGUCCAGCACAGGAAGUACGCCCGCUGGAAGGCCACCUACAUCCACAACUGCCUGAAGAACGGAGAGACGCCUCAGGCCGGACCCAUGGGCAUGGACGAGGACGGGGAAGGAGAUGAGUAUGGAGCAGGGGGGUUCUCUGAUCACGGGGCUUCCUUCAGGGGGGGCCCAUCUUCAGGGUCCUUUGAUCAGGACCAGGACCAGGACCAGAUCCAGGGUCCCGGCCCGGGGAUCGGCUUUUCUCCGGGUCCAGGAUCUGCACCAUCGGGCCCCCCCAACACGAACUACAACAACAUCCACAUCCCACCGGGGGCCCACGCUCCGGCAAACACCCCCGCAGAGCUGCCCCCCCCCUCAGCAGAAGUCGUUAAACCAGUGCCUGUUCCCAGAUCAGGUCCCACUGUGGACCCCACACUGCUGCAGGGUCAGCAAAAGGGAGUGAGCCUCACCGCCGAUGACUUCACGAAGGCUCAGAAGCUGUGUAAGUACGCGGGCAGCGCUCUGCAGUAUGAGGACGUGGACACAGCCGUGACCAACCUGCAGAAAGCUCUGCGGCUGCUCACCACCGGACACGAGUGAAGCCUUCCUCCUCAUCCUCAUCCUCACCCUCACCCCCCCUCUGCCUCACACACAGUGAUGAAUAUCGGUCUGAACGAUGGUGUGUUCACUGACUGGUCAUAAUGACUUCAGUUUGAAGGGCAAAGCUUCAUUAAGUACAUUAUUUUAUUCCUCUGAGUUGCAGCUCCUUUUUGCACAUCAAAAAUCAACAUGCAUGAGAGGUUCUGUAAAACACAUCAGGCAAUGAAUGUCAUUGAUUAAAAGCAGUAAAGCAGUGACACCACAGAUCGGAUUAUAACAUGACAUGCAAAGACCUUUAAGAACUGGAAGGUUAGUAGAAAAAGGCCGAAAGCAGAAGUUGAUUCAACGUUUUUGAUUAUUUUUUCUCCGAUUUCUCCGGAUUUUUGGAGGGUAACCUAACUAAAAAUUGAUUCUGCAACAAAGACAACAAAGAAACUCAUUCUGAAAUCAGACUGUGAAGGUCAUUAAGGAGCCGGCCGAAUAGAAGAAUUACACUUUAAAAAAGCAUAACUCAAAAAGUUCCAUGUUUAGUUUUCUGCUAUGAAGCGCGGUAUCCUGCAGCGGACGGUAUCGUAGCGUCAUAAAAAGAGAUGUGAAAUAAAGGAACACGUGUUGACCCUCCCCGCAGACGUGCUGCCUCCUCUCUGCAGGACGGAUGACCUUUGGUUAAAAUGUCCAAACACUAUUUUGAUGUUCAGCCUUACAGGAAUAGGGCCACAUGAGAAACCAACCAAUCCGACCUAACGUUUUUUAUGAUUCGAAGAGUAACGUUGGAAUUUUGAAAAAACUGAGAGCAGAAUUCUCUCAGUUCCGUCUCUUCUCCAAAUUCAGAUCUUUCCUCAGAACUCCCUUCCAAAAAAUCACUUUUGGUCAGAUCUCAAAACUCACACGUUGCCCUAAUCCUCUUCCUGUUUGUCUGACCUGAUUCUGUAAACUGACCCAUCACUGAUCAGCUGCUGUGCCUCACUGUGACUCUGAAACUGACAGGCGCUCCACGUGACACAGAAACAUCGAAACCGUCAGAAGUUGAAAUCGUUUACAGAAGUAUUCAGAUUUAAAAUGUCUUCUCCUAUCUGUAAAAUGUCUCCCCUCUUAUUGGCUAGCGCUCUGACUUAUUGAUCGUGAUAGGCUAAGGGGCGGGACAACUCUAGGCGGUUGUCCAAUCGCAGCAGAGCGUUAAUUGAACUCCCUGUGUACCAGAUAAAACGCUCCUGGAGAAACACGGUUGAAUCUGUACUGGCCCUGCUGGAGUCGUCCUCGCACUGCUUCCUGUUUCGCUCUGAAUUAUUUCAUUUGACGUGUUUCUCUCUCUGUGUAUGACGAUUUAUUUUCUUUGCUCUGGUGCAUUUUGAGUUUUUCUGGACUUCAAACCCAGAUCUGUCGGAGCCUCGUUGAUUUAUUUGAAUAAAAUGUGUGAAAUGUU